AAUACCCCUGAUUCGCUGGCCUGUCUUCGGUCUUCACGAAUUAUUUCAUUCCUAAUGUCAAAAGAAUAAUAAUCCGGCAGUUUUCAAGUUGCGGCGGCAGAAACAUUGGUGUUUGUGAGAAUCAGUGAGUGGGGCACUCGAAUCUAGGCUCCUCCAAUUUGGAUCCUAUAGCUUCAUUCUUCUCCCCCCAUACAGGAAUUCUUUUGGCCUCUAUGCCUUCUUCACAGUUGCCUCACAAGCUUGUUUACUUAGUUUCAUAAGAUGCCACGGGGAAAGGCAAAUUCUUCAUCAGUUGCUAAGCCAUCCGAGCCUGAAAAUCCAGCUGAAUCUGAUGAAAAGAUCGAUUUUGAUGACGCAAAUGAUGCUGAGGAAACAAUGGAAGAAGAAAUUGAAUAUGAAGAAGUAGAAGAAGAAGAGGAAGUGGAAGAAAUAGAAGAGGUGGAAGAAGAGGAAGAGGAUCCGGAGGAGGUUGAGGUGGUGGAGGAGGAAGAGGAGGAAGAGGAUCCGGAGGAGGUGGAAGAGGUUGAAGAAAUGGAAGAAGAUAAUAUCAUGCAAAACAGUAGCAAGGCAGAAGAUAAGGAUGAGAAGAAAAAGCAUGCUGAUCUUCUAUCUCUUCCUCCUCAUGGGUCUGAAGUAUACAUUGGUGGUAUUCCACUUGAUGCCUCAACUGAGGAUUUGAAAGCAUUUUGUGAGUCUAUUGGGGAAGUUGCAGAGGUUCGUGUAAUGACAGGAAAAGAUUCUUCUGAGAAUAAGGGAUUUGGUUUUGUGACAUUUAAAAGUGUGGAAUUGGCUUCUAAAGCCAUCAAGGAGCUGAACAAUAAAGCAUUUAAGGGUAGAAAAAUAAAAUGUUCAACAGCUCAAGCAAAACACCGUCUUUUUAUUGGCAAUGUUCCCAGAAACUGGGGUGAUGAAGAUCUCAGGAAGGUUGUAUCUGAUGUUGCACCUGGAGUUACUGGUUUAGAACUAGUCAAGGAUAUGAAGAACACUAAAAAUAACCGUGGAUUUGCUUUUAUUGACUAUUAUAAUCAUGCAUGUGCUGAAUAUUCAAGGCAAAAGAUGAUGAGCUCAACAUUUAAGCUAGGUGACAAUGCUCCAACGGUGAGCUGGGCUGACCCUAAAAAUGCUGAUUCCUCUGCUUCAUCUCAGGUGAAGGCAGUAUAUGUGAAGAACUUGCCUAGGAAUGUAACUCAGGAGCAGAUGAAGAAGCUUUUUGAACAUCAUGGGAAGAUCACAAAGGUGGUUCUUCCACCACCAAAGUCUGGGCAGGAAAAGAAUAGAAUAGGUUUUGUACAUUUUGCAGAGAGGUCAAGUGCUAUGAAAGCACUAAAAAACACUGAAAGAUAUGAAUUAGAAGGUCAAAUUUUGGACUGCUCUCUAGCUAAGCCACAGGCUGAUCAAAAGUCUGGAGGAUCAAACUUGCAGAAGCCAGGAUUGCUUCCAAGCUAUCCCCCACAUGUUGGUUACGGUUUGGUUGGUGCCCUUGGCACGGGACAUGGUUCCCCAGGUUUUGCACAGAUGGUGUGUUUAUGUUUGUUAUCAUUAUAUUAUUAACUCUUCUCCAAACAGGAAGUUACCCUCUGCUAACUUAGAAAGAAUCUAAAGUUUAUUGCAUUGCCUACCUCUUUUGCAUGUUCCGAUAUAUUUUAAACAUCAAAAGGAAUAAUUUAUAUCAGACCUCCUUAUAUGUCUUUUACUUGUUACAACAUUCAAAUCAAUUCGUCUUGAUGACGGGGGUUCAUCUUUUGCAGCCCUCUGGCCGACGGUCGGAUUGGAUAUGUCUUGCAACAACCAGGUCAGGGAGUGCACUCACGAUAGAUACCGCCCAUAUUAGUUGGUCUUUUAAAGGUGUAUUCUCCUUCGUGCCUUAAGAAUUUCGUUCAAAUUUAGUUAGUUUGUUAAGCAAUUUUUUUAUAAUUAAAUAGUUUAUCCUGUAGAUUCAAUCUUACU